CUCUCUCUCUCUCUCUCUCUCUUUCUCAUCUAUGCUACGAAACGAUGCCUUCAGUCGACACGCGGCGUCGCGACGCGAAUCAGCGAUCUUCCUCCUAUCGAGAUUUUCUCACGCCGGUGUGUUCUUCGAACGGUCUAUCCGAUAAAUUUCUCAUUUUCAACGUAAGAGAUUCAAUUCCUAUCGUCCUUCGUUUCUCUGAUACUUCGAUUCCGAGAAUUAACAGAUAGAUGUAACUACCGUUCGAUAAUUCCAACACGAGUUGAUAUUUCAUCUCUUCGACGACAAAGGAAGGGAUUUAUUUUAGAUUCAUCGUGCCUUUGUGUAUGAUUAUUGCGAUGAGGAACAAUUUUCUUUUCGUAACGCGCCGUUACGUCACAGACGAUGCCAUCCACUUUUCGAAUGUUUCCAACAUAGGUAAACGAAAAUCCUUCGAAAUAAUACGAUAGGGUGAAUACACGAGAGCAUAGACAAAUACCUGUGGCUCGGUUUACAUGCGAAAGCACGCGUUUUCGAGCUUCCAAGGAUUGUAGCGUGACCUGGCACGAUCCAUUCGACGGAAGGUUACGCUCUUCUGCCCUCACGUACGAAGAUGGAAAAAAAUAGAGCGGCGAACGUCGUUCGUUGACACCAGGGAGAAAAAAAAUCAUGGAUCGUGCGAAGAGUACGUCCGGGUGGAGUAACUUUCAGGUUUCAUCGAUUCCGACGUUUUCGCUGGCGACGGCAUGGCGUCAUACGGAAGACACGUUUACGAAGCCAACUUGACUUGAAAGACGCGUGGGCGAGAAAAGAAGGGACGCGCACACACGUAAAGAGGAGCGACCGUCUCGAAGGAGCGACAAUGUCAGCGAUCGCUACGGAGUCGCUGGCUAGCACCGUUGCCGAUGAAUCGACGACCGCUCUCGUACCGACGGUGACCAGGAUCGAUACCAGACUGGACGUCAGUCCGAUCUCGGUGGUACUCGCCGUCUCGAUAGUUUGCAUCCUCUCGCCGAUAACCGUCACGGGAAAUUCCAUCAUUUUAGCAGCCUUUUAUAGGUACAAGAGACUUAGAACGGCCUCGAACUACCUUCUCGUGUCCUUGGCCGUUAGUGAUUUUGGGGUCGGAGUGUUCAUGCCGUUUGGUAUGCAGCUAGAACUCUCUGGUCUGCCAGAAAACGGUACGUCGACGCUGUGCAUCCUUCCGUAUUGCAUCGUGAUCGCACUUUGCAGCGUGAGCGUGCUAGUUACGGUGGCAAUAGCGGUAGAUCGUUUAACGUCGUUGGCACAGCCAUUGAGAUAUAAGAACAUCAUCACUCACAGCAGCAUCGAAAAGUAUAUCGCCGUUUUUUGGAUCUACGCGAUCUGCGUUGGACUCUCGCCUUUGAUCUACGCUCGAAUCACGGGUCUGGCCGAAACGCAUAGCGGAGGUUGUAGGUUCGGAGCAGCCGUCUUGCCGCCUGUAAGAGUCUUCCUGGUCGUAGCAGUUUGGGCGCCGAGCGCUCUCGUACUUCUUGGUUGCUACGUGUACGUCUACCUGGUGGCACGCGCUCAUGCACGUGCCAUUUACACGGUAGAACUAUCGUUCCGGCAUCAAACGCAAACCAUGGCUUUGCCUCGCUACGGUCAAACGUUGGCCGUAACGGUCGGAGCCUUUUUCAUCCUUUGGCUUCCGUUUCAAACCUGUAUGCUGCUCGACAUCUUCUACGACACCAAUUUCCUUUCGGAAUGGGCGGUCGUGUGGUUGGGUCUGCCGAUUCUCUCUCACAGCGGAGCGAAUCCUUGGAUUUAUGCCUUUCAUCACGGUGAGAUGCGAAUAGCGGCCGGAAAAAUAGCGGAGGACUUGGUCGCUUUGUUCGGCGUUACGCCUAGCCGAUACGGCGGAUGCUCGCCCGCGAGGCGCGUCUCGAAUACCAAUCUCGAAUUGGCCGAGGUGAACAACGGCAACGACGUUAGGAGACAACGCGUCGAAAAUUGCUUCGCGGCUAAGCGACGGAGCAGCAACACCCUUUGCUCGAGCAAACGUUGCUUGGACGCGUCCGGAAGGCAGGCGGACAUUUCGCCGGAGAGAAACGAGGCCGAUCGUAGCUCGUCCUCGAAAUAUUAUCCGAACGAGAUAGUCGGGGAGGACAUCGAGGACCUAAGGAAAAUGUUGGAUCCGAAAUAUAUAAUAGAUCGGAAUCACGUCAUAGACUCGAAUCACAACAUCGAUAAGAUCAAAAAUCUCAAGUACCUGCUCGAUCCGACGUUCGGCAAGAUAAGACACCUGAGACGUCUAAACCGCAAGAGACUGCUGAGCAAGAACUUUUCGAAGAAAUGGUCCGAGCCCAAGUUCAUAUCCUAUCAGAAUUUAAAUUCCGACUGCGGCUCUAACAGAAAAUUUCUUCGGUUCAACGCCAUGUCCGACUCGGCGUUGAACGCGAACAGUCCCGUCGUCGAGUGCCGAUCGAAGGACGUCGACGGGGCGCUCGACGUCGACGCGACGGCGAAGGAGGCGAAUACGGACGAGCGAGGAAAUUCGAAUCUAUCGUCGAUGUCCUAUCCGAACAUAAGGACGGCCAGCGGAAACGCGUCCGAUGUCAACUCGAGAGUGUUCGCCGCUAACGAGAACGACGGUUCGAAGCUCGUUCACAGAUACUCCGUGCAGAAUUUAAGCGACGACGGAUUCGACGUACGACCCUCCACCGUCCCCCAGUUCUCGGAUCGGCGUCGAACCGAGGACCGAACGACGAGAAACGUUUAUUCGCGAGCCCGAGCGCGGGCACGAUUCGAUCUUGCCAGCAACACGGACGUACGUAUUCACAGCUACUCGUCCCUAUCCAUGGCCGAAAACUCGGCGAAGCGCGGCCUCCUGGAUAAUCCGAAGCGUAGGUUAUCCACGAAGAGCAUAAACCUCGUCGGCAAGAAGCUGCCCAGUCUGGCGUGUUUCGGGCCGAAACAAGGCCGCGCGGCCCCGGAGAACCUGUCGAAGAAGAACAGACUCGAAACCGACCCGUCGUCCCGUCGAUCCUCGCAAGCUCGGGGAAUAACGAUACAACGAAUGAUACACUCGGAAUCGGUAAGUCGAAUCGAGCCAAGCCGCACGUUCUUCCGAAGUUCGAAGCUCGCCGAGGGAUUAACGAUUCCGAUUAUACACUCGGAACCGCCCAGUCCUUUGGAGCCGGCUCCUUUGUCAACGUCGCGAGAGGAGCACCUCGAGGGUUUCAACGUCGGCCUCACGACGUGGAACAACGGCGAACUCGAGUCGAGUCGAAAUCGAAAGAGUCCCGUAAGACAUUCGGAUCCCACGUUGCCGUCGGUAUCGUUCCACGUCGAGGACUUUAGCGAGCCUCUCGAACCGACCGAUCUCUCGGGCAAGGAGGCGCCGCCAGACGCAAACGAGAUACGACCGGAAACGACUACGAGAGAACCGAAACGAUCGCUCGAAGCUAUUCUGGGAAAAUGUUUGGGAAGAUCGAGGGACGAUAAAUUGGCCGAGCCGAUAUUCGGCGAGCACGACUCGACGAGAUUCGACUCGAGACGGCCGUCCGACUCGAAGUGGUCGGAAUCGUCGAAGAGCCAAGAAAUUUUGUCGCGCGUCAACGAGCGCCAAGCCGUUCCCUCGUCUUCUUACUCGGUGAACGACUUUCAAACGUGCAACAGCGGCAGCGACUUGAACGAUCCGACGUCCUUGGAUCCGUUCAUGUGUCCCGAACCACUGACCUCCUCGUUACGCGAAUCCUUUUUCGACGCACCCUCGGCGCCCGACUCGGACGUUUUCACGUCCUUCGAGGAAAACGACACGGCCGACUUUUCCUCGGGGACCGAUCCGAUCCGGAACGACUCGUCUCCCGUCUACAACUCCGUAUCCGCGAUCGACCUAAAGAGCCUCUCGAUCGCUUGCGAACAGAGCAAGUCGACCGAGUCCGUGUUUCGCGGCAAACGUACCGAGGACGGCUCUUGCGCGAUCUUACGUCUGGAAUCGUCGCCGUCGGUGCACCGUGCCAAAAUUCGAACGCGAUCGUACAAGGAAGCGAAGAAAACGAUUCGUUUGGCCCCAUUGGCCGUACCGACUCCUACCGACCUUUCUACGCCCACCUUCGAGCUCGUCUCGGAAACGAAAACGGACGAGGCCGUAUUGGUCUAGUCUAGCGGACUGUAAGCUUGCCCUUUAUACGGCACGGCCGUACCACUGGCGCCUAUUGGCCAAAGAGAGGGCCAAGAGGAACGUCGAGACGCGUGCGUUUCUUUGAGAUUCUCGCGAUCGGAUUUCGCGAGAAGAUCGAGAAACCCUAGUACGUUUCCUUUCGCUCGAAGAGAUACAGAGUAACACUCGUCUAAUCGGACGACGACGUCUUAAUGAGCGAUAAUAAAAUAUAUCCCAAGUACAGCUUCGUUAAGUGUAGCGCAAUCGCCGUGCCAAGCGAGUCAAAGGGACGUCUCGCUUUUAAAUCCAUGCGAUUACCGAUCUAAUCACCGCUUGUGUACCUGAACGAAAUCGUCGAAGAGAUCGGAGAAAAAGAACGGAACGAUCGAGCGUCCAAGUAGGACGAAGGGAAAACAAGAGGACGCAGCGACGUACGAAAGCGUUUCGCAGGGAUAAAUAAAUUAA